ACUCGUUUUGCUCCUCUCGGCCACCGUACAUUCGGGAGGGGAAAAAAGCGUUUCAGUCCAAGAUGGCGCUGCGCACUGUUUGCACCACUGCCUUGCGGACCGGGACAGAUUUAGGGGUCAACAAUGCGAGGGCGUUUGCCACAACAGCGUUCCUCUGUAGGCGGAGACCUCCGCUCGGUCCGAUGCCGCAUGAUGGGAUCGACGUCGGAAACCUGGAGUCGUUAGAGAAGUACCGCAGCUACACUCGGUACCUCAGGCAAGCUGAGGAGGCGAAGACCAAACCUGUCUGGUGGAAGACCUACAGGGGCUACGUGGAAAAGGCCGAUCCCGAUCAUGGUGCACAACACUUGGACAUUGGUUUUCCAUUCUAUCGAGCCUGCAGGACCAAAGAAGUGAGGGAGCGACGGCAAGUGAUUAAGGACAACAAGAGGAACGCUGAGCUGGAGAGGGCUUUGCGAUUGCGCACUUUUAAGAUCCCUCUGGAUCGAGUGCAGGAGACCUGGGAGAAGAGCAGCGGUCCGUUCCAUAUAAAGAGACUGGCAGAACACUUCGGCGUCUUCAGAGAUCUCUUCCCCAUGGCCUAUUUUCUACCCCAAGUGUCACUUCACAUCUCCUAUAGCCAGGACAACAGUGGUCAAGUGCAUCAUGGGAAUCGGCUGACACCUACAGAGGCAGCAUCUGCCCCUCAGAUCAGCUUUGAUGCGGACGAGGACUCCCUGUGGACCCUUCUGCUCACGUGUCCAGAUGAGCAUCUUCAGGAUAAUGAGGCAGAAUACGUCCACUGGCUAGUGGGGAACAUACCAGGCGGAGCGGUGCAGGCAGGAGAGGAGCUGUGCCACUACCUGCCCCCCUUCCCCGCCAGAGGAACGGGCUUCCACCGCUACAUUUACGUCCUCUUCAAGCAGGAGGGGCCCGUCAACUUCAGGGAGGACGCCAGGCUGUCGCCAUGCCAUUCUCUGGUGGAUCGAACAUUUAAGACGGUGGAUUUCUACAGAAAGCAUCAGGACAACAUGACCCCUGCAGGCCUGGCCUUCUUCCAGAGCCAGUGGGACGAAUCCGUCACCCACACCUUCCACAACACACUCGACAUGAAGGAGCCGGUGUUUGAGUUCAUCCGGCCCCCAGUGUACCACCCUCUGCAGGUCAAAUACCCCCACCAGCAGCCCCUGCGCUACCUGGACCGAUACAGAAAUGGAAAGGAGCACACCUAUGGAAUAUACUGAUUAUGUAACACAUACUCUCAACACCUUUUCUUCCAAAUGUGGGAUUAUGUUUGGCAUAUUUAUGUGAUAAUAAUAAAACAUUUUCUUCGACUGUUA